GGUCCUUGUUCCUUUCUUCUCUAUCUAUAAUCAGUAAACUCGAUCGCCAAUCCACGCUGCAAUCGCAUGCAACUGCAACCUCAGUUUUAUUUGUUUAUUUCAUACUGCUCCAUUUUCAGCACGAUCCAGCGUCAAACUUGAGCUGCAACCUGUUGACUGACUAUGGGUAACAGUAACGUGAACGUCAACACAGAGGAAUGCACUGAUAUUGGUGCAGUGUUGAGAAAUGGAUGAGAAGUCCUUUUGCAGGUAAAUGUGACAAAUGUUGAUCAUUCUUUUUUAUUGGACUGAUGUCAUUACUCAUCUGGGAAUGAUAUUCUCUGUUUCGAAAGUGGAAUCUCAUAACAAGUAAGGGAAGAAUUUUAAAGUUGUUUAAUUUGUUGGGAGUCUCACAAAUAUGACUGGUGGAGAAACUUGGAAAAGAAGGUUCCUGACAUUGCAAAAUCUGGGUUUACAUCUGUAUGGUUGCCGCUACCAACUCAUUCCUUUUCACCAGAAGGCUAUCUUCCACAAAACCUUUAUUCACUCAAUUCUGAAUAUGGGUCUGAACAGCUGUUGAAGGCUUUACUCCAGAAGCUAAAGCAGUACAAAGUUAGAGCGAUGGCCGACAUAGUAAUCAAUCAUCGUAUUGGAACUACUAAAGGUAAUGGAGGAAUGUAUAACCGUAAUGACGGAAUUCUACUCGCGUGGAACGAACAUGCUGUCACAUCGUGUACUGGUGGAUUGGGUAACAGAAGCACAGUAGACAACUUCAAUGGGGUUCCAAAUAUUGAUCACAGCCGACGUUUCGUUCGUAAGGACAUCAUAGGUUGGCUAAAGUGGUUACGCAGUGUCAGCUUUCAAGAUUUUCACUUCGAUUUUGCAAGGGGUUACUCGGCAAAAUAUGUCAAAGAAUAUAUUGAAGAAGCUAAGCCUAUAUUUUCUGUUGGGGAAUAUUGGGAUUCCUGCAACUAUAACGGAUAUGAUAGCCAUAGACAAAGGAUCAUUAAUUGGAUUGAUGCCACGGGACAGAUUUCAACUGCAUUUGACUUCACAAUCAAGGGGAUUCUUCAGGAGGCUGUAAUGGGGCAGGUCUGGCGUCUGCGUGACCCUCAAGGGAAGCCACCAGGUGUAAUGGGGUGGUGGCCUUCAAGGGCUCUCACAUUUAUCGAUAACCAUGACACAGGCUCAACACAGGCUCAUUGGCCUUUCCCCUCAAAUCAUAUUAUGGAGGGAUAUGCAUACAUACUUGCACAUCCAGGAAAACCAACAGUUUUCUAUGAUCACUUUUACGAUUGGGAUGAACAUUCGAAGGCGUCAAGAUAUCCACAGCCUUCAUCUGUCAGGAUCCUGGAGUCCCAAUACAACCUGUAUUCUGCAAUGAUCGGAGACAAAGUACGCAUGAAGAUUGGGGAUGGUUCCUGGUGUCCAACUAGCAGAGAGUGGACACUUGCAACCAGCGGACACCGAAUGCAGUGUGGCAAAAGCAAUGAUUCCUCAUCCAUCUUUCCUUUCAUUGCUGAUCCCUUUGGUACUGGGGAAUGUGAUGCAAGGCAUCCCAGUCAGGCAUGAUGGCUACUCCUUACAUUUUACAAUAUUAAAUAAAGUCAUCCCAUCUCCAAAUUUGCUUUGGAAAGUAUCAUGCCUCAGGAAUUAACUACAUUUUCCAUCAAAAAAAUUAUAGAGCAUCUUUAAU